GUUUACUUUCGUGUGUCAAAAGUAAGGGAGUGUGUGUUAUAUAAGAGAUGCACCAGAAGUCUUUUGACAAUCAUCGAUAAAGGUUGUCUUGUGAAAAGUGGCAAAAACUAUGGAAGAAAUUGGAAACGAGUAUCUUGGAAGAAAUGUGAAACGACAAAUUUGUGCCGCUCUUAUAGCAAACACUGUGCUUGUUGCGCAUGGAUCUAUAUCGGGUUGGCUUUCGCCAGCCCUCGACGUUCUUUUAUCUGAUGAUACGCCGCUCAUCGAUGGUGAAAUAUCAAAUGAAGAGUUAUCGUGGCUAGGAUCCAUCAGCAGUUUGGGAUCAAUUGUUGGCACAUUUAUUUUCAGCAUUUUAUCAUCGCUAUUGGGUUGUAAACGUGCUAUGAUCUUCUUGGCAUUACCAUCAAUUGUGUUUUGGUUAUUAGUGUUUUAUGGUGAAUACCUUUUGCAUCUAUUGAUUGCAAGGUUUAUUAUGGGAAUGACGGCAGGUGGCAUUCAAUCUGGAAUAAUCAUUUACGUUGCAGAAAUAUCAAAUGAUAAUAUUCGAGGACGUCUCGGAUCGAUAACUCCAUUAGCACGUAAUGUUGGUGUGCUGAUUGCUUCCAUUGUUGGUGCCACUGUUGAUUAUGGUGUAAUCCCCGCUAUUCUUAUUUACAUUCCAAUUGUGUAUAUAAUUAGUUUGUACUUUUUGCCAAAUACACCUCUUUUCCACCUGAGCCGUGACGACGUAAAGGAAGCAGAAAAGUCAUUGAUGUUCUACAAAGGUUAUGAAGGGAAGAGCGAAUGUGAACAACUUGCACUACAAUUAGAGUUUGAGCGAUUAAAAAACAUUGUAAAAGCAACGAAAGCCAACGAAAAACUUCAUUUGAAAGAUUUUUGCAGUCAAACGGCCGUACGAGGACUUAUUAUAGGCGCUGCAAUGGCAUGGUUUUUACAAUUAACGGGAUGCUUUAUUAUUAUAAAUUAUGCAAUGUUGGUGUUUAAAAAUGCCAACACCACGAUGGAUCCACACAUUUCCUCCAUUGUACUGGCCAUCGUGCAAAUUUUCGGCGGAAUUUUGUCAACUUCAUUGAGUGACACAAUCGGACGUAAAGUGCUACUUGUACUCUCAUUGUUGGGCUCUGCUUUUGGCCUAAUCAGUCUAUCAGCGUAUUUAUAUUUAAAUCACAUCGGUUUUAAUUUAUCAAAUUAUUCAGCUUUGCCAGUGGCGUGUUUAGCUUUCGUCAUUUUAACCGCAUGUGCAGGUAUCGCUCCAUUAUCAAAUGUUUGUGCUGUUGAAAAUUUACCACCAAAGAUACGAACACAUGGUAUGGUGCUUUAUACGUUGUGGUACAACAUAGUCAAUUUUUUCGCCGAUAAAUAUUUUCCGAUACUUUUAAAGGGGAUCCAUUUGCAUGGAUGUUUGAUGAUAUUUGCGGUCAAUUGCUUUUUAGGUACAUUGUUUGUGGUUUUCUACAUGAAAGAAACUAAAGGACGAUCACUAGAGAUCUCAGAAAAAUAGGGUUGCUCAUUUAAGGAAGAAUAAUGUAUAAAAAACACAUUGUUAGGUAAAGAAACGAACUUAAUUAAUCCAUACGAAGCCAUGCAACAAGCAAUAUAAUCACGGAAAUAUUUGCCUAUUUUUGGGUUGAAUGUCGCCUAGAAUUAAGAAAAAACAUAAAAUAGAUGGGCACUGCUAAUUUAUUGUAUGAUAAUUACAAUCACUUUAUUAUUAAAAGAAUCACUUGUAUUUGGAAUUGAAAACAAUUGUGUACACAUAAUAAAAAUAAUCUAAACCACAAAGAAAUCAAUUUUUGUAUGGCUAAUGACGUAAAUGACUGCUUAAUUCGGCUUAAUUGUUCUAAAUGAUACCUGAUUAGCCACCUGAACACUGAACCACUCAUGUAGCUUUACUAUGAUCGUAAUCUAUAUAAGAUAAGCUCAACAUACAAAAAUAUUAAAUUCUAUUAAAAUAUAAUACUUGCAUAAAAAAUGUUACUAAU